AUGGCUACCUGCGCUGGUAGAUUGGGUAUACUCAGAGCACUACCGAGAAAUGUGAUUCCUACUGCAGAUCUUCCAGUGUUUCUCUGCCCAGGACUUUUGAAGACUGCGAAGCUUUCGCAAGCUCCUUUCCGACAACCCACUCGAAGAUUCCUAACCUCACAUCCCGUCGGUGCCUCCGAAGUCGAGACGCCAGCCAGCAUAGAAGCAGAAGCGCGAUAUAAAGUAAUCGCGCGAUCUGCGCUCCCAAUAACAUGUCCUGGGUGCGGCGCCCUUGCGCAAACUGUUGUGGAAGACGAACCUGGUUACUAUGACUUAAGGAGAAGGCCCGUACGAAAGUACAUAAAUGGAAGGGAUCAUGUUAUAGCAGCCGUGGCUGCUGAAUCUGCCAUAAUAAGGGACGCGUUGGCCAAUGCUGGAGAAAUUGCAGCUGGGUUGGAUUUUGGACAGACAGAGAAAGCGAAAGAGUAUAAAGAUCUAGGUCCUCCGAUAUGUGAUCGCUGUCAUAAUCUGAAAGAGCAUAACACAGGCGUUUCCAUCAUCCACCCCUCUAUUCAAUCAAUACAGGAUACCAUAUUCGAAUCUCCCUACAAAUACAACCACAUUUAUCAUGUUAUUGAUGCAGCGGACUUUCCAAUGUCUCUAAUUCCAGGGCUACAUAAACUUCUUCACCUUACUCCGCAGCGUUCACUCAACCGGCGUUCCAAAACUGGGAGGUUCUAUCAUGGACAAAAGACAGAAAUUAGCUUUAUUAUCCAACGAUCUGAUCUAUUUUGCCUCGGAAAGGAGCAACUUGAUCGGAGGAUGCCAUGGAUAAGAGAAGUCCUCCGGGACGCGUUGGGUCGAACCGGAAAGGAUGUUCGACUAGGAAACGUUAGGUGUGUGAGUUCAAAAAUGUCAUGGUGGACUAAAGAGCUGAAGAAAGACAUUUGGGAGAGAGGCGGUGGAGGCUGGCUAGUCGGAAAAGUUAAUGUGGGAAAGAGCCAGCUGCUCCAUGAAGUGUUUCCGAAGGGUAAGUCUGGAGUGAGCGACAUCAAAAAGCAUGUGCCCGAACCACGCGUCGAUGGAGCGUCAGAAGAAGCACUAGCGACACUAGGUGAAAGGAGUGAUAUGAUUCCGCAAGCCGACAAAGCCAGUAAUGAUGUUGUGGUCAAAGAAUCUGGGUGGGAAGACACGGAAGAGAUUUUGGACACUUCCUCGAUGUUACCGCCCUUUCCAUUUGAGGUCGACUACCCAGCGAUGCCUCUUGUUUCCCCACUCCCUGGAACGACUGCCUCGCCAAUUAGGCUUCCUUUUGGCAACGGGAAAGGAGAACUCAUUGAUCUUCCAGGUCUCUCUCGAAGCGACUUAGAAAAUCACGUCCAGCCCGAUCGACAUACAACUCUGGUAAUGCGCACGCGAGUUAAAAUAGCCCAAAGUUCAAUCAAGGAGGGCCAAUCUCUACUUUUAGCAGGGUUCAUCCGCAUCACUCCUGUUACACCGGAUGUGGUUUUCUUGAGUUAUAACUUUACGUCCCUGUUUCCGCAUGUCACCAGUACAGACAAGGCCAUACCAACCCAACUUCAAACCCGCGAGUCUGGCAUCGAGAAUAUCUCUGUCCCAGGAACAGGCGAAAAGAUUGCUUCUGCUGGAACAUAUUACCUCAAGUGGGACGUCACCAAAGAACGAAGUGGUCCUCUUACCUCUCGCUCCGCCGCAAAACUCCGUCCAGACGUCCUCCCAUUCCGUAUCUUCUCAACUGAUAUUCUUAUUGAAGGCGUGGGCUGGGUAGAACUUGCCGCACAGGUCAGAAAACCACGGCGUGACUCUGUCCGUGUCCCUGUCCGGGAUACGCGUGGAUUUCAAAACAAAAAUAUUCAACAAUUUCAAAGACAAGACGACGGUUCAGUGGACGCUGCUGGAAAUGAAAAUGAUCCUUUAUGGCCUGCGGUGGAGAUUUUUACGCCGGAAGGGAAAUAUAUAGGUCAGAGGAGGCCAUUAAAUGCUUCACUCCAGAUUCGCGAGAAGCCUAGUAGUGCCAAGGGAAGGCCGAGGAGGAGUAUGAAAGGGGCGAAGAAGAAUGAGAAGAGGGCGAAAAUGGAAAGGUCUUAA